CAUGAGAAGUAGGUAAGACUGAGUGAGGAGGGGGAACAAAUCAGAGACGAGACGUCAGAAGGAGAGUGGAGGCAGAAGAACCUGAGCAGCGACUGUGUGAACAUCAGAAAAAGAGAGAAGCGAUCGAGAGAGUUGACUGCUGGUGGUGUUCUCGGACCCAAGGUUCAGAAUCAUCAGGCUUAGGAGCACGUUUAAAGGAAGCAGGCACUCAUAGUUUAGAGAUUUUAAACAAAGGUGGAGGACUGUACUUGAAUGGGAUACACAUAGCUGAAAUGGACUGCAAAAACAAUGAGUACGAGAAUAAUGGGAGGUGCUGCGAUCGCUGCGAAGCAGGACAGUACAUGAAGGCUGAGUGUGAUGGCACAAAGAAGACAGAGUGUGCUACAUGUGAACACGGGACCUACACAGCCUCGCAAAAUCACUUGAUAAAAUGCCGACCCUGCAAGGAGUGCAGUCCCAGUAACCAUCAGCAGCUAUUAACUCCUUGCUCAGCUAAAAAUGACACAGUAUGUGAGUGUCUGCCAGGUUUCUACUGUGAAAGUGUUGCUUGUGAUCACUGCAGGCCUAUGCAUCGCUGUCAACUCGGUGAAGGGGUCAAGAUUCCAGCCAGUACCACAAGCGAUGUAAUCUGUGCCCCAUGUGAAAAGGGGACAUUCAGCAAUGUAACAGAUUUCCAGUCACCCUGCAGACCUCAUACCAGAUGUGAGGACUACGGAAGAGUGCUGAAAAUUCCAGGAACCAAUAAAACUGAUGCAGUUUGUGGAGAUUUCAAAUCUUAUUGUCCUUGGAUGUUGCCAGCAGGCCUGUGGUCGGGAUUUGUGUUGACCGCAAUCGUGAUUGUGUUACUUCUCAUCCUCUGGAGAGCAAAGUGCAAAUCGUACAGAGCAGCUCGGUCCAGCAUUUGUAUUACUCCGGUGGCUGUGGUUCCCAUUCCAGCUGACACUCCUACAGAGCUGCCUUCUCACUGCCAAGAGACCUGCAAAUUCCCAAUUUUUAACCCAGAUGAUUCUCCGGUCAUUUGCAGCAUACAGGACAGCCUUCCUAUAACUCCAUUGAAGGCUUCAGUUUCGUUCGCUGAAUCCACUCAGACGAAUGGAAAUGCAGAUUACUGCACCAGCCACUUCUUCAGGUCGUACUCUGAGCCACAGGAGGACGAGUACUGUGGGACAUAAUCCAAUAUAACGGCAAACGUACUGGAGCUCAGUGUGCCUCUCUGGAUUGGAGAGAAUCCGAAUAUUUUUAAGACCUUAAUAAUAAAACUUUUUCUACCAAAAAGAAAGAGUUCUCUUUACAGGCCUUGAAGAUUAUUUGCUGCCCCCUGCAGGACGCUCGUGGGAAUUUCAUCAAAAUGUGAAAUUUCUGUCAUACGCACAAAAAUUAGCAGCUGAAAAAACACUGCUGCUGCUCUGUACUUGAUGUGAAUUCAUCUCAACUUCACAAGAGGAAUCAGCAGACUGCGCAGUCUUCAGCUUCACAGCUGUGUCCUGUUUUCAGGAAAACUGAAUUCUUAUUUUUACAACAAUCCCAUAAAAAAGACUGAAACAAAUUAAGCAAAGGUAGUGAACAGAGCCUGGUAUAUCCUACGUCUUUAGAGUCUAAUAAAAAAAAAAACAUAUCAAUGAGCCAAAGUGAUGCAGUAUCGACAUCCUCUUCUAUCAUCCAUCAUUCUGCUGCUGUUAGGUGUAUUUUUCUGGAGAAAAUAUAGCCCCAAAAAGCAGUUUAAAGACACUUCAAUAAUAUUUUAAGAAAACAGAUGUAAGAUACCUUUUCUGUUUUUAAAAGAUGCUUUAUGGGAGCAAAUAAUUUAAUUGCUGAUCUGAUAGUGAGGUCAGAAAAUCAGAAUUCUUUGCAUUUUUCCUUGCAUAUGUUAGAAAAAAUACUGCUAGCCUGAUCCUUUUAAUGUAAACUGUAUGUUUUGAGUUAUAUGUCUAAUUUAACUUAUACUGUUAGAACAUUUGCCAGUAAUUCAGGUUUGAAUGUUUUGUAUUUGUAAACCAUUAUAAUAUGUGUAAACACACUGAUGCAAGUUGUCCUUUUUUGCCAUGUAGCACACAGCAAAAAAUAGUCUGCUUCAGAUGAGUUUGCACCACUGUAAACUGCUGGGUUUAGAAGAGAGAAGUGAUAAGAGAACAAGAGCAGGACGCAGAACUCAUGGUGCCUACUCUUAAACAGCGAAUGCACCGCAUAUUUAGGUGUUCUGUCACAUGGCUGCAAUCCAGCAUCACACAGACUUCGAACCACAGAGCUGGAGGUUAAAGUCCGGCUAAUGGUCUUUAACCUCCUGCUUUUUGGUCAUUUGUUCUGUUACCAAGUCUGUCCAGGGUUGCAGGGCGUGUGUGAAAAUGGCUUUAGAUGCAAAGCAGCAAUAACCCCACCCAACACACACACACACAAAAAUUUGUAUAAUUUAAGACAAAGGAGAAAAACACAAUAGAUAUAUGACUUGUUUAUAACAUUGUGCAAUAUAGCUAAACAAGUUGAGAAUGUUUAAAGUCACUCUGCUCUACUGGUCUCUUCUUUGUCUCAGAACAAACAGAACAGGUUUUUUCAAAAUAUUCUUGAUUAUAAUAAAAUUCUAUAAACAUGA